AUGAAGUGGAGCCUCUUCUUUGUGGCCCUUAUUGGGCCCAGCAUCUGUGGCCGAGAAAAGUUUUUUGGGGACCAAGUUUUUAGGAUUAACAUCAGAAGUGGAGACGAGUUGAGCAAAUUAAGUGAGCUAGUGAAUUCAAACAACUUUAAGCUCAACUUCUGGCAAGCCCCCACCACUGUCAGUCGUCCUGUAGAUGUCCUGGUCCCAUCUGUCAGUCUGCUACCAGUCAAGUCCUUCCUGAAGUCCCAGGGCUUAGAGUACGCAGUGACUAUUGAAGACCUGCAGGCCCUUUUAGAUGAUGAAGAUAAAGAAAUGCAACACAAUGAAGGUCAAGAACGGAGCAAUAAUUACUUCAACUAUGGGGCCUACCAUUCCCUGGAAGCUAUUUACCAAGAGAUGGACAGCAUUGCCAGAGAAUUUCCCGACUUGGUGAACAAGGUAGAAAUUGGGCAUUCAUUUGAGAAACGGCCGAUGUAUGUACUGAAGUUCAGCACUGGAGAAGGCGGCAGGCGGCCGGCCAUUUGGCUGAACGCAGGCAUCCAUUCCCGGGAGUGGAUCUCACAGGCCACGGCCAUCUGGACUGCAAGGAAGAUUGUAUCUGAUUACGGGAAGGAACCAACCAUCACCUCCAUCUUGAAGAAAGUGGAUAUUUUCUUGUUGCCUGUGGCCAAUCCUGAUGGAUAUGUUUACACACAAACUAAAAAUCGAUUAUGGAGGAAGACACGGUCCGUAAAUCCUGGAAGCUCCUGUGUUGGUGUUGAUGCGAAUAGAAACUGGAACGCCAGUUUUGCAGGAGAAGGCGCCAGUAGUAACCCUUGCUCCGAAGUGUACCAUGGACCCCGUGUCAACUCAGAAGUGGAGGUGAAAUCAGUGGUUGAUUUCAUCCAGAACCACGGGAACUUCAAAUGCUUCAUCGACAUUCACAGCUACUCUCAGCUGCUGAUGUAUCCUUACGGAUACACGGUCAAGAAGGCCCCAGAUGCUGAAGAGCUGGAUGAUGUGGCAAGGCGUGCGGCCACGGCUCUGGCCUCCCUGUCAGGCACUGAAUACCAUGUGGGUCCUACCUGCACCACUGUCUACCCCGCGAGCGGCAGCAGCAUGGACUGGGCGUAUGACAACGGCAUCAAGUACGCCUUUUCCUUUGAGCUGAGAGACACCGGCCACUAUGGCUUCCUCCUGCCCGCUGACCAGAUCAUCCCCACUGCGGAGGAGACCUGGCUGGGGCUGAAGACCAUCAUGGAGCAUGUGCAGGACAACCUCUACUAGAUGGGCCCCCCCUCUGCCUACAUUUGCUUACCCCAGGGCAGCAAACUCUGAGGCCAUUCUGAGAGGACUGUUCCUUCACGUGCACGUCAGAGCUCUCUGGCUGUGGACUGAACACAGGUUGGCCCCUGUUUGUGAAUUCUGGGGGUGCCCCUGAGAAGCCCAUCUGUCAACCUUCUAGGCCCUGCUGUUUUACUGUGCCCUUGUGUGCCUUUCCUCCCACACAGCUGGCUGGGCAGACCAGCCCUUGGUAGGUGUCUCGUGGCUAACAGUUUUAGAACUAAAAGCGGUCUGAGUUGCUUCUCUGGAGUCCAGACCUCAGCUUCUGCAGUCCAGUGCAGCCAAGCCGGUGACCGCGUUCUGGUGGCCCCCAGAGAGGCACAUGGGAGAGAAUGCUCGUCCGUUAGAUGAGUCUCAAAGGGGAUGCAGAACUUCCUUUCAUUUAUCUCAUUCCUCUGGAACAUAUUUUCCCUUUGAAAAUAAAUCCUGUAAGGUCAUCAGUAUGGGUCAUCUCCCCUUUUUGGUUUUUGUUUAUUUGUUUUUGGUCUGAAUACAAAGUGGAGGAUCUCUCCCCAUCACCGCCAAGAAUUCCCAGAUGCUACAGUUCUUAUCACUUUCUUCUCUUUAUUAUUCAGUGAAACUGGGAUCCCAGAAGGGGAUCUCUGUCACUAGAGGUACUGCUAACCCCGAAAUCCUGGGUGAAGUGGAGAGCUAAAGAGCAGGAUGGCUAAAUUAUC